GUAUGCAGUAGAGCAGCUAGUCAGUUAGAGACUUAGUAGGUCAGCUGAGUGGAGACUUUACCUUCUGCACCAGUGAGCUUGGAUCACAUUUUAAUCUGUUCUGCUAGGACGUGCAACAUCAAGAGGCUGCCUGCACCACAUCACCAUGUCUCUCCGACUUCUGCCCGCUUUCACUAUGGACAAUGACGAAGAUGACGAUGGUAAUUUCACGAAAUGGAUGAGUAGUUACUGGGGUCAUGGAGCCGAAACUGGACAUUCCCGGGAAAGGAAACGCAGUUUCAGAAGGCCUUCGAAAGCAAAAAUUGAUCGGAGAGCAUCGCUCCCAACUGUGUCACAGUUAGACGCCAUGCAGUUAAACCGGCUCCAUGUCGCAACUAUGGCGCCCACUCCCAAAACAAGGGAGGAGAAGGGGGAGGUAAGGCCCCAUCCAAGACUUCGCCGCCUCUCCUCAGAUGACAAGGGUUCCAAGACGGCCAUUCCAGACAGCCGCAUUUCCACAAUCCCGGAGAUCACAGAGUCGUUUGAGAGGCGAUUUUACCUAAACGACAAGAGGAAUACGUCUCUGAAAGAUGAAAACAAUCUGUGCCUGAUCUGCCAUGAGGAUUUGUGUCAGAAUGGAGGGGGAGGACAUGAGCUUCACUGUACACACCGCUUCCACAAAGAGUGCAUGCAGCAGUGGCUGUGGAAGAAACAGACAUGUUCCACAUGCCGGGUCCACUUGCCCAUAAUGAAAAUCCUCUACUGGUCAUCGUCGCGCACCACUGUCCCAUGAUGGUCCCCCUUCGUCCAUCUGCAUGUUCAAAUAACCCGCCGGUCCAAAAAUCUCCAGCAUGCACUCCUUCCUUGGCCCUCUCUGCAUGAGAUCCCAGUGACAGACUGCCUCCUGCCUGGAUGCCGUGUGAGAAAUUCAAGCGAGAAGUUGUUAUCUGGUGGGGCCUCUUGCUGCUUGUUUAUGUAAGAUCCAGUUGUACUAUGUGAAUCAUUGCACUCCGAGAACGACUUUUUCUGAGACAACAUGGGCACUUAGUAAACGCACAGUUAUGUGAAGCAGUCAAGUGGGAUUUCCCACUUACCAUAAAGCCGUGUUUGACUCGGGUUAUACAUUUCUCGAGAAAACCUUUCGGAAUUAAAACAUGAACAACUUACAAAACCGAAAGGAAAUAGCCUUUAUUUAAUGUCCGCAACGUCAGUGAGACUUAGCAACAAGCUAAGCAAAAGACUUGAAUUAAAGGAUCUCAUCAUUCAUCAUUCAGAUUUGGAUACAUAACAGUAUCAUAAAGAUAAGCUGUUUCAGAUUGUGUGUGACAUUUACAAAAAUAACCCAUGUGAUGCUUACUUUUUAUUCAAGCAUCCAGCCGUGGUGGCAGGUUUACACUCUAAGCCAAGUUGCACGAAACAGAGCCCAAAUGGUACAUGUACAGCCUGUUACGGUGUCUUCCCUUUAGGCUAAACUUGUCUACUGUCUACAGCUCCAUGUCCGGGAAGAAAAUGGGUAUCAGUCUGAGAAAUAAAAACAUGGAUUUCACCAGACUUCUCCCAUAAUUUGUACUUUGAGCUGACUCUAACAAACUGUAUACCACGUUUUAUUCUCUUCUAUAACUUCCACGUAUUAAAAAGUGGGAAGACUUUACUUAUCUAAACUGAAAUAAUCUGAUGCAUUUUACAUAUCUGAUAAGCAUUUCAUAUUGUCAAGCCAGUCCAUUUCACGGGACAGGGCCCAAUUAACAUUGAACAUUUCCAGUUUCAAACAACCUCUGGUAGGUUUUUCUGUGUGUGGAUUUGCCGAUCUAAAAGCAGACCAGGGCACGUCCAUUUUAAAACGCUUGUUGUGAAUUCCUCCCCCUUGAACCUGUUUAAUAUCUCGUUUUCCACCCCCAGCCCCUUCCUUCCUAACCUCUGCUGUUGUUGGCUGGCACGUCUUUUCUUUCUGUCUGCGUCUGUGUGUGUGUAGACCUGGAGAAAUGUAGCCCUAAAGACUUGUAUGGUGAGGCUGGGGGGCAAUCACAGAGGUGUGCAGGCGUCCUUUGACAGGUCUUUGAAACGGCCUGGAUUGUAAGCAGAGAGAUUUUUGUCAAUUUAACUGCGUCACAAGUGUGUCGCAGAACUUGUACAAGCUUGCGUCCGAGAUCAAAAUGAAAGCAGAGAGAUUUGCAAAAUGGGUGUGCUCAUUUACGUACUGAGUACUUUGUGGUUCGAAUGCUAACAUUCAUGGCAACUCUGAUGGCACUGCAGCUGGUGUUAAGGUACUUUUAAUUCUUUGAAUGAGGAGGUUUUUUGCAUGCGAGGACUUUUGCAUGUGGAAUCUGUCAUCCCCUACACUGUUGAGCUUUCAAACAUCUCUGUUGUGUAUUUUGCAAUGCCAAAUGAGAAGUUUACAGUGUGUAACACCAGUCCAAGUAAAAUCAGACUGUUAUAUAUCUUUCUAGGUACUAGCAACAGGCUGUCUUUCAACAUAUAGUUUCGAUAUCAACGUAAUUUGUAGUUUUGUGAACUUGACAACUUUGCUUUCCUGCCUACCGACAGAAAUAUGUUUACAUUAUUCAGACUACACAAAAGUACAUUUUGAAGUGACCGGAUAAUGCUCAGUGGGUCACACUGGAAAAUUUGAGUGACAUUUUAAAUGAAAAAUCCUGUGUUUAAAAAGCUGGGGAGACAGCAGCCUCUACGAACAAACACACAGUCCUUGUUUUUUCCUUUGUCUGUUGUGGUCCAACACUUUUGAAUAAAAAAACACACACACUUGU